UCUUCCUCACAGAUGUAGCAACUGUCGUCUGUCAUUGUCAGCGAGUUGUUGUUUACCCCCGUUGUAAGUCAGUUCGCUUGUGUUAAAUAAGGAGACGCCGGAAGCUUUUUAUUGUUGAAUUUGUACAUAUAUUUGAGGAGCUUGUGGAGGGAAGGUACUACGACCCCAGGCACUGAAUUCCUACAGAUAGCAUGAAUCGUCCGACGAUUGCAGAGCAAGAAGAUCUUGUUAAAGAAUCACUUUUUAAGUUCCUGAGGAAGCACAUACCAAGUGCUCAGUUAAGUUCUAUUGAUGAGAUUGUUUUGAGAUAUGUAGUAAGCAUACUUGAAGACCUCGGCACAGAAGCAAGUGUGGAAGAAGCUUUUGAUGUUGAAGGUUUUUGUGAGAUGAUGGCAGCGUAUUUCCCCGAAUUUUCCACAAUACAUCACACAGAUGUCUGUCAGUGGAUGUUCGAGUUGGAGGCAACAUUAAGCCAAAAGAAGAGAAAGGAUGAGUGCAACAGCGGCGAUUCCUUUGCAAAGGAUAUACCUGUGCUAACUCUACAGACACUUGUACCUACUCGUAACCAUGGUGAUAGUGAGAGUAGUGGUGGUGGCAGUGGUGACACCACAAAACGUGUACACCAGCUCUCUGAAAACAGCGAUGGAAGCUCAGACAGCAGUGGGGACUAUUAUUUGGGACAGGAGGAGCCACAGUACGAUGCAGCUCAAGUGCAGCUCCUACAGGAGAUGUUCCCCAGUGCGUGCACUAUCGAGGUGCGUCACUGCUUGGCCAUUGCCGAGGGUGAUGUCGGCCGUGCUGCUCAGUUGGUACUGCACCGCCAGGAGGCGGGCCAGAGCCUCACCAGCCACUCUCCGGCUAUGACUGCAUUAGCUCAGCGCCAGAAAGCUGUUGUAGAUGAUCAGGAACUGAAAUCACGCAUAAUAGCGAGGUAUAGCUAUGUGGACAAGGAUGAUGAUGUUCGUGAGCACAGGCCAGUGGGACCAAAAGCAGAGCCUAAGAAGCUGGUGAGGUAUCGUGACAACAAGAUUGUCAGUCUUAAAGGAGAACGUUUCACUGAAGUUAAAAAAGAUGAUGAAGAAGAUGUGAAAAAAACAUAUGUGAGCAUCAAGCCAGCAAGGCAGUAUCGUUUCCACUGAUAUUCCUCCUAGAGCUUAUUUGCUCCACAGAAAGGUAUUUUAGCAUCAUCUUUCUGGUUAGAGGAAUGGGAAAUAAAAGAGAGGCCGCACAAAGAGAUGUGAUUUUGAAAGAAAGGUAUUGUUUCAAAGAAGAGAAUUUAUCUUUGCAGCUAAUCUGAAGAAUGAAGUUUUACAGAUUGGACAUAGUGAAAAUAUUACAGAAAAUAUUUAUGCAUUCCUUUCUGUUUGAAGGCAAUUAUACUUUGCGCAUGGACUUCAUGUGCCAUUACUAUUCUUGAGCUUUAACUGUUUUCUCUUCUGAAAUUUUGUAAUAUUCUUUUUAAUAUACAGAUCUGAAAUGUGACAUUUUGGAAAGACUGGACAAUUUUCCCCACACUUUAUAACUGUACAAGUUUUGACACAGCACUGUCUCUGCCAAGAAUGUAUUUAUAAUUAUUACUUCUUAGUGAGAAUGCAACUGAACAUUGCUUUUGUCGGAUGCCAUCACUGAAGUGUUCAUUAAUAUUUCUGAAUAGUAAUAGAGUCUAACAGUAUUCUUGCUGCAGUCUGUACCACUAAUGCCAAGCAUUAGAGACCUAUUUAAUGUUCCUUAGAAGAUAGACUAUGCUUAUUUUAUUUGUGUAUACACUUACUUAGACUACAUGCGCAAAGUUGGAGGAAUAAUAAUGGACACUGCAGGGUAUUCUGGCAUCAAGAAAUUUACCUUUUUUCAGCCAGUCAUCCAGUAUUGAAUUGCUCUGUUACAUGAACUUUCAUAUGGCACAGCAGUAAUUGCUGAUAUUGCAGUGCAGACAUUUUGUAUAAUUGUGUGCAUAAUUAUUUAUACGAAUUUUGUUACGUGUAAAAAGUGUUGUGUGUUUCUUAUACUUGUUUUAUUGUAUGUCACAAAAAAGACGUCAUAAAUUGUUUAGUAAGAGACAGUUCCAUAUAAAUGGAACAUGAUAUUAUCAGAGUAUUCUUUGUAUUUGUCGUGUGAAUUACUCAGAUAUUUUUCUCAUUUUUAAGGCACAUUAACCUAUGCUCUGGUAGACUGUAUUUUUUCAUUGAUGGGAGUACUCUUUGUACUGGAGCAUUUUUCCCUUGUUACGUGUGUGUGUGUGUGUGUGUGUGUGUGUGUGUGUGUGUGUGUGUGUGAGAGAGA